UUCACGAUUCGUUGUCUCGUUUAUCGUGUGCGUCGUUGGUCGAGUGGCUAGUUUUGGAGAUCCCGAGGUACUGGGGUCGAAACCUGGACGAUUUAUGUGCCUGUAAUACGUUUUUGAUAGUAUCGGGUAAUGGGAUAAGUUUAUAUAAAUUAAAAAAAAACAUAUUUAUACUGUAUAUCUCUAUGAACUUGUAGUUUAAUAUUUUAGUGCACGUUUUGUUGUUUUCAAUAAGUUAUUUUCAUUUUGAAACAGUUGAAUCAAGCGAGCGUACGUUAUAUUUUUUUUAUUCUGACCGUUUAUGUGUUUUAACGUUCAGACAAUAUAUAUGUAUUUAUAACAGUGUUGCCGUCUAGUGUAAUUGUUUUUGACAACUAAAAUUUGGUAUCUUCCACGGACAGUGUUAUAUGAUAGUACACACACAUACUAAACAUGAAGUGCAAGACUAAUGAAAACACAAACCGGAGCACGAGGACGUUGCUUGCGUUGAUAGCAGUCGGGUUUACAUUACUCGUUAUACCUACAGUGUCGGUGUUAUUGGACCCUCAAUACAGAAUGAUGAUAUAUAUGACGAGAAUAGCAGUGGGAUCUAGGUUCUAUAAAAUCUUUACACGUGAGAAUGUGGGUACCCUGUUACAAGUUUACGUGUUUAACGUCACCAACGCCGAAGCGUUCCUCUCAGGCGAGGACCACAAACUACGACUAGAGGAAGUUGGCCCCUUUACUUACCAAGAAUACCAAAAGAAUAAUAAGUUCGAGGUCGACGAAGAAGCUGGUGUAAUGAGGUACAUACCGCAUACCAGAACAGAGUUCCGACGUGAACAAUCCUUUGACGACCCAGAACGGGUCAAUAUCACCGUGCCCAACGCUGCAAUGUUGGCAGUAUCAUCAAUGCUCAGUUCUUACCCAUUCUGGACUAAAACCGGGUUCACCGUGCUGGCGGACCGACUGCAAUCAAAGCCCAUAAUAGACAUCAAUGUCCACAGCCUCCUCUGGGGCUACGAAGAGCCUUUGAUAGCCUUAUCUAAUACUCUGAUGCCGGGUUGGAUUACUUUCAGCAAAAUGGGCAUUUUGGAUCGACUGUACGAUCAGUCAUCUGUACCUAUGAUGGAGGUGAGCACCGCUCCUCAGGACAAGUUCAAGGUGAAGAAAAUCGACGGCAGUCCUGGUUUGAAUGUGUGGGGCUACGAUAAUCCAAGCAAGCGCACGCGUUGCAACACGUUGGUAGAUACGUAUGAAGGGUACGCUUAUGCGCCAAGAUUGACCCGCGACGACUCGAUCAGAUUGUAUCGAAGUUCGUUCUGCAGGAUGUUAGACCUUAGCUACAUCGGCACUACGGCCACGGAGAUCACAUCCGAAGCCUACGUCUAUCAAAUCAGCAAUAAAAGUUAUUCCAUAGAUCCUAGUACGGAAUGUCUUUGUGGAAAAAUAAAUGAAUGCAUCGACGGAAUUUCUAAUAUAUCACCAUGUCUAUAUGGUCUAACUAUCGCUUUAUCUAAUGGUCACUUCUUGUAUGCUAAUCCCAAAGUAUAUGAACGUAUUGAGGGCAUCCGGCCAGAUGAGAAGGAACAUGGAAGUGAAUUUAUAAUAGAACCAAAAGUGGGAGCAGUUCUUAGUGGAAGAUUUACUAUACAAUUAAAUGUAGUUGUUAAAGACGUCAACUACUACUAUCGAGUUCGUCCAUUUUCAGAAAUGGUCGUGCCUCUCGCUUACUUUAAAAUUGUGCAACCUCAGUUAGCUGAAGAAGACAAGAACGAUAUAAAAAUGUCCAACUAUCUCCUACCAUACGUAAUUCAUGGCGUGGAAGUUCUGCUGUUAAUAACAGGCUUGACAAUAUUGGUAUACGCUCUCCGGCAGAUGUAUCUGCAGUGGCAUUGUUCUGCUUACCACGAAAAUAAUGAGAAGCAUAAUGAUAAACUACAGGGUUCACGAGAAGCCAAACUUUGAAUAAAGAAAAACCAUCUAGAGAUAGUAAUCAAGGGAGUUAACUAACAUUAUUGUGGUUCUGAGAUGGGCCUUAUAUUAUAGCUGUAAUUUUCGAGUAUAAGAUCGAUUAAAUAGUAUCCGAUGACGAUUUUGUACACAAGCUCACCUGUCAAUCCGUCAGUUGGUACUUUGAAUAUUCUGUUAUCCAGACUUUGAAUUUGUUAGAAUAUCUUUUAUUGUUGCUUUGUGAUAAAAUAUUCUAUGUUUCUUUGUUUUGUGCUGCGUUUGACAUGUUCUAUGAUCUUUAUUAAAUUGUCGGUCAAAAAUUAAAAUAAGCCUCUUAAAAUAUGAUAUCUCUUAAUUAUUGUCGGGCUCAAAAAUAUGAAUUAAAUUAGUUAUUAGACUAGAAAGUUCGAUUAUAAAUAAUAAUCCUAUGCGGCUGGGUUACUGAUUUCAUUUACGAGAAGAUAUUACCAUCUAUUAUUUGUAAUAUUAUACGAUCAAACAAGUAGAAAAAUUUUCAUAAAAAUUUCGCUAGUUUUAAAUCAAUGUUGUAUCAGAACAUUUAGUAACAAUUAAAUGUUCUGGCUUUAUUUUUGUUUCUUGUUGAGAAAUCGUUUUGUGAUAUUAGUGUUAAUACGAUAAUAUAACCAAAGUAUGAGAUAAGACAAUACAUUAUUAUAAGUAUUUGAAACGGGAUAUUUACCAUGUUUUUUAUUUUUAUUUGGUGGAGCUUUUUGUUUUGGUAAAACAGUCUCGUGAACAAGACAUUCGUAGAUAAUCUCGAAAUAUCUAAUACUAAAAUAAUAUAAAAAUAAACAUAUUAAUUUAAAAUCUUAUAAAGACAAUACAUUGCUUAAUUUUAUCGUGAAGCAAUUACAAUAAAUACAAAAAUGUUAGUUGUUAUUGUAAUAGAUAGUGAUGUUCCUAGCGAUUCUUACAUAAAUAUUUCAUUCACAGAUAUUAUCCUAUUAUUAUAUUUGUUUCGCGUAACAUUCUGAUUUCUUUUAAAAUUUGUUUUAAUAUCGACAUACUUAUUAAAAUAAGCUUCAAAAUAUCGCUAACUUGCGAAUAAGAAAUGCGUAUAUGAAAUCCAAAAUCAAUUCUGA